AUGAAAUCUUGGGAGCUUGGGAAACUGGAAGGGAAACAAUCCGCUUGUGAAGUCCUUCACCUCAGUAUAAGAGUGAUGAAGAGACAGUCCCAUGCGAAAGGUUCCUCAGUCGGACUGACCUCACCUGGCAGCACCUCGAGGCCGGCCGAUUUGAAUUCACAGCCGUACCCACUCGAAGACACGGACUUCCGUCCACAGUUAUUUUCCGCAUUGACAGCUCUAUCCUUCAGAUGGUACCCCUGUCACCUCAAUAAGGCUGCGGUACUCCACAAGUUGUACCACACUGCCGAGCCAUAAAAGUGUUCGAGAUAGCCCAGCUGAUUUGUGUCAAGGGCGACCAAACGGCAUCCAGAUCCAGUUCGCAAACAGAUCGCAAUGUGAAAUAGCCGUUAAAGAGAGAAAAAAACAUCGGGAC